CUCUGCCCACCACCACUCUGCUACCAUUCUGCUCCUCCCCCAAACCGAAACCCUCGCCGUCGCCCUUCUCCCCCUCCUCCGGCGGCCAUGGACGACCAGCAGCUGCUCCUUGGCAUCUCCAGGAGCGAUAUGCUCGCCAGAAUAGAGCGUUGCGGCCGGGAUCCUGCGAUGCUGGACCUCGGCUCAAACAUGCUGCUCCACUUCGCGUACGAGUACCUCCCGGACCCGCCCGUCUCCCCCACCGCGCCCCUCUCGCUCGCCGGCGCCUCGUGGGUACCCGACGGCGUCGACCGCAUCAGCCGCCUCCCCGACGUGCUCCUCCGCGACAUCAUCUCCCGCCUCCCUGCCAAGGACGCCGCGCGCACCCCCGCCCUCGCCUCGCGCUGGCGCCCACUCUGGCGCUCGGCGCCCCUUGCUCUUGUCGACAGCCAUAUGCUCCCGGACGGCGGCGCCUCCGGGCCGCUCAUCAUUGGCGCUCCCUCUCCCCGCGCCGUCACCGCCGCGGUGUCCAGCGCCCUCGCGGCCCACCCGGGGCCCUUCCGCUGCGUCCACCUCACCUGCAGCACCAUGGACGAGCACCGAGGCGAGAUGGCGCGCUGGAUCGACACCCUCGUCGCCAAGGGGGUCCAAGAUCUCGUCUUUGUCAACCGCCCUUGGCCGAUGGACCUGCGCCUCCCCGCCACGCUCUUCAGCUGCGCCUCCCUCACCCGCCUCUAUCUCGGCGUCUGGACACUUCCAGGCACCGCAGCCGUGCCGCGCGGCGCCAGCUUCCCCAAUCUCCGGGAGCUCGGCCUAUGCAUGACUGUCAUGGAGGACCAUGCUCUGGCCUUCUUGCUCGAAAGAAGUCCCGUCCUGGAGUUCCUCCUCAUCAUGUGGAGCCAGACCGGAGCGCGCCUCCGACUCGUCAGCCACAGCCUGCGGUGUCUUCAGCUGGGCUAUACCCACUUGGAGGACAUCGAAGUGGUGGAUGCCCCUCGCCUGGAGAGGCUCUUCCUGCGAAAUGUAUCCUUGCCUGGAACCGGCAAGUUCACCAUGAACAGCCCUUCCAGGAUCAAGAUUGGCCGUGCACCCAACCUGCGUGUGCUGGGAUACAUUCAGCCAGGACAGACAGAGCUGGGGAUUAGCAACACCGACAUCGUGGCUAGGAGCAAGGAGAACAUUGUCCCUAGUGUCCAGAUUUUGGCCAUAGAGGUGCAGUUUGGUGUCCGCAAUGCUGUCAAGAAAGUGCCCGGCUUUCUCAGAUGCUUCCCCAACCUGGAAACGCUCCAUGUCCAUUCCCCCCGCAUAUCUGAAAAGUCCACCGGCAAGGUCAAUCUGAAGUUCUGGCAGGAGGGCGGUCCCAUGAAAUGCGUGGUGCAGAGCAUGAAGAAGGUGUUCUUCUACGAGUUCCAAGGGUCGAGAAGUGAGGUUGCUUUCCUCAGGUUCAUUGCGGAGAGAGGUCGGGUGCUGGAGCUGAUGGUGGUCGUGGUGGCCAAGGCAUGUUUCUCCUCGGUGGAUGAUGAUGUGAAUGUGAAGCUGAAGCCUCUGACGGGUGCGAAAUGGAACAGCAAAGCUUGCAAACUACAGAUCAUCGAGAGCCCACGCACUGAUGUCGCAGGUCCACUCUGCAGGCACAAGAUAGCUUCUGAUUUUGGGUGGGCUGACCCUUUCGACCUCAGGUACUACAAAGAAGAAAGGAUCUCUGUAAGUUAGUUGAUACCACCAAGCCGUCCCUCUUGUACUGCAUGCAUGACUGCUAGUUCUUCAGCCAAAAAACCUUUAUUUCUCUUGGCAUGCUUUCUGGAUGUGGUGUUACAUGAUGAGGUUGUUGGUGCCAAGAAGUCUUGUUUGGCUGGAUUGCUGGUGGGAGUAACGGAUUGAAUCGGAUAAAUUGUUUUUACCAAUAAUUUCUUCAUGUUGUUUUUCGUUU